UGGUAUUCUAAAAAUUUUUAACUUAUAUCCAUCAUCUGUCGUAAGAUUGUGCUGCUCUGCUGGAUAUCCCCAGCUUUUAAUUGAUUCAAUCUGCACACACACAAAUCACAACGUCAAAGAGACAUGAUAAUUAUCAUUUCAAUUUUAUUUUAUAAUUACACUAUCUAAAAUUUUGUCACGAUUUAAAAUUCUAUAAACUACUUUAAUUAACCAACAUAAAAUAAUAAUUUUAAUAAUAUGUCUAAUGUUACAAAUAAAAUUUCUUCGAGUAAUUAAUAUCAUUUUAUAUUUCCAGUGUCUUUAAAAUAACGUCUCGAAAUAAUUGUGAACUGAUUGUUCACCAGUGACUGAGUAUAUUUCAGUUCAAAGUACAUAAUUUACAUUAUAAGAUGAAACGUUAUCUUGCAGUAUGUGAUCUUUGCAAUACAAUCUCAAUUUUACAGUAUUUAUUAUUCAUAUUUUUUCUAUAUAGAAAUUUAAAGAAACAAAUUUCUUAUCCACAUAUCAAUUAUUAUUUAUUUAUAUUAUUAUAGUUAAUUUGUACAGUGAAUAAAUUAAAUUAAAAAAAAUUAUUCUAAUUAUAAUUAUAGCUAUUAACAAUAAUAACAAAAAAAUUAAUUAAAAAUAUUCAAAAUAAAAAUUAAAACCUACAAAAUAAAACUGUUAAAAUUAUAAAUAAAAAAUCAUUAGUAUUUUAUCAGAUUUGAAUGUAGGUUUUCGAGUUCAACAGUUCGAAAUAUAUUAUUAAUUUUUUCUAUCACACUCGAGACAACCAGUAAAUGAUUGUCAAUGACACCAAUCAAAGAGUGGUGGCAAACUGGUUAUAUUUCUUGUCCUCUACAAAGUCAAAGCCAAUUAAUAAACUCUCGAGUUUCCUCAUUGCAUUGCACUUGAAUUUUAUAAAUAAAACUUUAUAAAAUAUAAACAUUUAAACACGAUGAAUAUCAUCAAAUUAAUUUCUUCAAAUUUAUUUUUAUUAUUUUUUAUAUUUGUCAAUGCAAAAGGUUCAAAAAUCGAAGUUGAAGUUGAAACAGAUUCAGGUAAAUUUAAAGGUUUAGCUGAUACAACAACACGAUUAGGAAAAAAAAUUUAUUCAUUUCGCGGAAUAAGAUAUGCAGAGCCUCCAACUGGUCCACUGCGUUUUAAACCAGCAGUUUUAAUAAAUAAAUAUAAAAACACAUUUGAUGCAACUGAGGAUGGGCCAGCUUGUCCACAACCAGGACCACUUACUCAAUCAGAAGAUUGUUUACGAUUAAAUAUUUAUACAACAACAAAACUUCCAAUUACACAAAAAGCAAUUGAAAAAAAACCAGUUAUAGUUUUCAUUCAUCCUGGUGCAUUUUAUGUUUUCUCUGGACAAAAUAUUAUUGUUGGUCCUGAGUAUAUACUUGACCAGGAUGUUGUUUUUGUAACUAUUAAUUAUCGUCUUGGUUCUCUUGGAUUUUUAAGUACAGGAGAUCACCUGGCACCUGGAAAUCUUGGUCUCAAAGAUCAAGUAGUUGCCUUGAAAUGGAUUAAAAAUAAUAUCAAGUAUUUUGGAGGUGAUGAAAAUUUAGUAACACUUGCAGGAAGUAGUGCAGGUGGUUGGAGUAUAACAGCUCAUCUUGUAUCACCAAUGAGUAAAAAUUUAUUUCAUCGUGUUAUUUUAUCAAGUGGAUCAGCAAUUUAUCAAUCACCACUGCCAAGUCAUCAAAAACAUCUUGCUAUUAAACAAGCUCAAAUUCUAAAUUGUCCAUCAAAUUCAAGUGUUGAAAUUUUAAAUUGUUUAAGCACUAAAAAUGCUACAACUAUUGCCAAUAGUUUAUCUGAAUUUUUUGAAUGGCAUGGACAACCAAUUUUAUUGUGGACCCCUGUUAUUGAGCCAGAAUUACCUGGUGUUGAAAGAUUUCUUACUGGACAACCUGCUGAUUUAAUACGUGCUGGAAAAUUUCAUCAAGUACCAGUGAUAGUUGGAAUAACUCUGGAUGAAUUUGGCUCAGUUGUUACACCACUUGUUGAACAAGCUGAAAUGGGAAACAAUAAAUUAUUCGAUGAUUUAAAUGCCAACUGGACAAAACUUGCACCAAUAUUAUUUUGGUACGAGAGAAAUACUCAGAGAUCAAAUGACAUAAGUAGUUCAUUCAAGAAAUUUUAUUUCAAUGAUGAACCAAUUGGAUUGAGUAACUGGAAAUCACUUGCAAAUGUAUUUGGUGAUGCUGUUGGAUUUCAGGCUCAUCGAUUUGUUAAUUUGAUAUCUCAAUAUUCGUCUCAACCAGUUUAUUAUUAUAAAUUUACAUAUCAAGGACGUUAUAGUCAUGCAACUUGGUCCAAUGGAACAGUAUUUGGUGUUUGUCAUCAUGAUGAUCUUCUUUAUCUUUUUUAUGAUACUUAUUUUCCGUAUUUUAAAAAUAAUAAUGAUCCAGAAUUAAUUACCGUUGAAAGAAUGACAUCAAUGUAUGGAAAUUUUGCUAAAACUGGUGUACCAAUUCCGAAAAAUAAUUCAUAUUUUAAAAAUAUUAUUUGGGAAAGAUUUACAACUGAAAAUAAAAAGUACUUGGAUAUUGGUAAUGAUCUUGUUAUGAAAACUGGUCUUUAUGCAGAUCGAAUGCAGUUGUGGGAUAAAUAUUUUAAUUUUUAAACGCAAUAGUUUAUCAGUUACGAAAAAAUACUGAUAAUAAAUCAAUAUAUUUAUUUAGUUGUUGACUUAUAUCAUCAAAAUAAUAUGUUUUUGAUUUGGGGAAAAACCAAGUUAUGAAAAAAAUAAAAUCAUUAGUUAUUUAUCAAUAUGAGAAUCAUCGAUGAGUUGACGAAGUUGAACUCUGUUAGUUUUUAAAAAUAGAUUUUGAUAUUUCUUAAUGAUUAUUUAAUCUACUCAUCAUGAUGUCUUAUAUUUUUUUAUUUAUUAGUAAAUAUUUGAAACGAUAAACAACAUUACUACUUAUAUAUUAUUGAAACGUAAUAUAUUAUGUUAGUAUAUUUUAAAUAAUUCAAUUUGAAUUUAUAUUUUAUACACUUUUUUUUUAUUUAAAAAUUAAUGUUUUUAAAUUUUAAAAAAUAAACUUGAGAGAUAUUUACGUCUGUGCGUUUCUAUAAUAAUGUCUUGAAUUAAAAUUUAUAGAAUAAUAUAUUCUCAGUAAAUUUCCAGCAAGUUUAGAAACUAUUUUACACAUUUGAAGGUCUCAAAAAUAAUAAUGAGAAUAUAUAUGAAUUGCUUUUUUGUUAGCAUAAUCUACAAUCUACCACAUUAAAAGAAAAAAAAAAAACAACACAAACGUCGAACAUUUAUUAGUAUGUUUUAGAAAACAAAUAUUUUUUUAUACAAUUCCGGAAAAAAUCUAUUAUUACAUGGAGAGAAGGAAAAAGGAAUAUUUAAAUGGCAUUAAUUUCAUUAAAAUUUAAAUCAAAUGAAAAAUAUAUUUGAAAAAAAUAAAUCAUUUAUUUGAAUAGUUUCAUUUUGUUUUUUUUUAACGAAAUAAAUAUUAAUUUGUAUGAAAAAUAAAUUAAAUAUUUAAAGUAAAUAAAUGAUUAUUUGUAAUUAUUAUUACAUAAAAAAAUUGAAAAAAUAAAUUUAAUAUUUAUUAUUUAUUUAAUAAAAUGUAGUAUGAAAAUUUUUUGAAAUUAUUAUAGAAAAAAAAAAGUCAAAAUUCAAGUAUAUAAAUUUUUGAAAUUUAUUUUUAUAAUUUCAAAUAAAAUUUAUUAACCACAAAUAAAUUAAUAUUUAAAAAAAAAUAAUUUUCAUAUUUUUCAUCAAAUAAACAAUUAACCUUGUAAUUUAAUUUCAAAUAAUUUAUUUUAUUUUUUGUUAAUUAAAUUUUCAUUUAUCUCAAAUAAAUAUAUUUUUAAAAAUUAAAUUAAUCAAUUUAUUUGCAUAGAAUAAAUCCAUUUUGCAUAAUUGCAUCAAACAAAAAUUUAAUUAGGUUAAUCAAAUAAUAUUCACCAAAUAAAAUUAUCAAAUUCAUAUGUGCAAUAAAAAAUUUAUCCAGAAAAAAAAUAAAAAUAUGAUAAAAAAAGAAAUAAAAACCAUUUUAAUUUUCAAAAAAUAAUCUCGAUAAUAUUUUUUCUGUUUAUUUUUUCGGUAAUAAAAUAAUAAAAAGAUUUGUAUAUUUA